GCGGCGGCGGGCCGCGCCCUCCCGCUGUGCGCAGGCGCAGAGGGCUUUUCCGGCUCCGGGCCGCCUCCCCGGUGGGAAUGUUGCGGCUUGGCGGCCGGCUGAGGCUUCUUGGGGCCAGACUUGCUGCUCGGCCUUCCGCCCGGCUCGCUCUGGGGGCCGAGAUGCCGAAGAAAGCUGGUGCGACCACCAAGGGUAAAAGCCAGAGCAAGGAACCAGAGACACCACUUCCUCCCUUAGGUCCUGUGGCAGCUGAUCCUAAAGGUUGUGUCACCAUAGCCAUCCAUGCCAAACCUGGUUCCAAACAAAAUGCUAUAACAGAUUUGACAGCCACGGCUGUGAGCGUAGCUAUUGCAGCACCUCCGGCAGAAGGAGAGGCGAACGCCGAGCUCUGUCGGUACCUUUCCAAGGUCUUAGAACUUAGGAAGAGUGACGUGGUUUUGGAUAAGGGUGGUAAAUCUCGUGAAAAAGUGGUGAAGCUUUUGGCCUCCACGACUCCAGAAGAGAUCCUGGAGAAAUUAAAAAAGGAACUCGAAAAAAAAUGGUAACUGCAAUCAUCAAAUCUAGUAGUUCUUAUGAAUCUCCAAAGAUCCUUAAAAGAAGAAAGAGGACCUGGAAGCUAUUUUCAGUAUUUGUAAAAGCCUAUCAGAAAUCAUAUCUGUAUUAAAGCUUCAAAAGCUAAUAAUAAAUAUCUUGUUUUUAAAUAUUCAA